UUAAUAAUCAAACACUCAUGUCUGAGUACGAAAGAGUCAAAUUUAUCUUUCCGGCAUUAGAAAAAUUUAUUGUUAUGGUAUAUGUUUUUUAGAAUUAGGAUUUAAAUAGUAAAAUUGCACUUGACGAUCUGAAAUUUACUUUUACCAACAUUUUAAAAAUUGAUUUGUUUGCAAAAAAAAUAAAAUUCUCAUUUAAUAAAGGAUUUAUACAAAUCGACUUAAAUUCAUAAUAAAGUUUAAGUGGAUAAGAGGCUAUAAAAAAUCAAAACCAAAAUUAAGAAAAAUAAUAGAUUGAUAUUACAGUAAAAUUUAUUGAAGAAGGAGCAUGA